AGCGUGUGACAAGAGCCAGCCCACGAGCUCUAGCUGCAACCCCUUAUAAAUAAAUUCCCCAUCUCGAGGACAUCAGUCCGUGAUAAUUGUAGCAAAAGAAGUAAAAAGAAUUUUUUUUUCCUUUUUCAUCAUCCAUGGAUCCCUACAAGCAUCGGCCGUCGAGCGCCUACAACUCGCACUUUUUUACCACCAACUCCGGCGCUCCAGUUUGGAACAAUAACUCGUCGCUCACCGUCGGAUCUCGAGGACCCAUUCUCCUUGAAGACUAUCAUCUCAUUGAGAAGCUUGCGCAGUUUGAUAGGGAGCGCAUUCCGGAGCGUGUUGUUCAUGCUAGGGGUGCCAGUGCCAAGGGCUUCUUUGAGGUCACUCACGAUGUUUCUCACCUCACCUGUGCUGAUUUUCUUCGGGCUCCAGGGGUACAAACCCCUCUUAUUGUUCGCUUCUCAACUGUCAUUCAUGAACGUGGGAGUCCUGAAACAUUGAGAGACCCAAGAGGUUUUGCUGUGAAAUUCUACACCCGAGAGGGUAAUUUUGAUCUUGUUGGGAACAACUUUCCUGUCUUCUUCAUCCGUGAUGGGAUGAAGUUCCCUGACAUGGUGCAUGCUCUCAAACCAAACCCAAAAUCCCACAUCCAGGAGAAUUGGAGGAUCAUGGACUUCUUCUCACACCAUCCCGAGAGCUUGCACAUGUUCACCUUCCUAUUUGAUGAUAUUGGUGUUCCACAGGAUUACAGGCACAUGGAUGGCUCUGGUGUCAACACAUACACCCUCAUCAAUAAGGAAGGGAAGUCUCAUUAUGUUAAGUUCCACUGGAAACCAACCUGUGGAGUGAAGAGUUUGUUGGAGGAUGAGGCUGUGACUGUUGGAGGCAAUAACCACAGUCAUGCCACCAAGGAUCUUUAUGAGUCGAUUGCUGCAGGAAACUAUCCAGAGUGGAAGCUUUUCAUUCAGACUAUUGACACAGAUCAUGAAGACAGGUUUGAUUUUGAUCCACUUGAUGUGACAAAGACAUGGCCGGAGGAUAUCAUUCCUCUUCAGCCUGUUGGGCGCAUGGUCUUGAACAAGAACAUAGACAACUUUUUCACAGAGAAUGAACAACUGGCAUUCUGCCCGGCAAUUGUGGUGCCAGGAAUUUACUACUCGGAUGAUAAGCUGCUCCAGACUAGGAUUUUCUCCUAUGCUGAUACUCAGAGGCACCGUCUUGGGCCAAACUACCUGAUGCUCCCAGCUAAUGCUCCCAAGUGUGCGCAUCAUAACAAUCACCACGAUGGUUUUAUGAAUUUCAUGCACAGGGAUGAGGAGGUGAACUAUUUCCCUUCGAGAUAUGAUCCUGUUCGUCAUGCAGAGAGGUUCCCAAUACCACCUGGUGUCCUUACCGGAAGACGUGAAAAGGUCAUAAUUGCCAAGGAAAACAACUUCAAGCAGCCUGGAGAGAGAUACCGCUCCUUUGAUCCUGCCAGGCAGGAGCGUUUCAUCUGCAGAAUGGUGGAUGCACUGUCAGACCCCAAAGUUACCCAUGAGAUCCGAAGCAUCUGGAUAUCAUAUUGGUAUCAGGCUGACAGGUCUCUCGGUCAAAAGCUGGCAACUCGUCUCAACGUCAAGCCAAGCAUGUAAGCAAACAUGUUUGCAAAUUGUCAUUAGUGCGAUUUGAGAUUUGUGGGAGUGUUUAUACACAGAAAAAGGGUGUCUCAGAGGCUAAAAAGAAACCUGUAUUGAUCUCAGGGAACUUUAUAUGAACAUCUGAGUCUUGUUACUGUACUAUUUUAAUAAUGUAAUAAUAUACAUUGCGAAUAAGUUGAGUAAACUUUUUUGGUUAUAUAUGUGCAGGUUUUUAUUGUUA